UUUAACAGGCCAGCUCGUUAUCGAAUUGCCGACGCACUGAUUUACUUCAUUCGUAAACAACUUUAUGUUCAAAAUGGCCGUCCGCGCAGUUUUAAUUGUCGCCCUAUACAUUUUAAACGUGGCAAGUGCUGAAUACGUAAACAGAAAGUUCUGUUCGAACGUGGAUCACUCCAAGUGUAGCAUCCACAGCGUGCAGCUGGACCCGUGUCCCGACGGUCCCGGAUUCUGUCUCUUGCGCCGCGAGAAGCCCUAUCGACUCAGCUUUGAUUUUACACCAAAAUUCGAAGCGGCGAAACUACAGCUAUCAGUACUAAGCGAUGACGACAACAGUGGCAACUUCAGCACCGUGGUGCUUCCACCGCACAGCGCGUGCGACCACCAGCGGUGCCCCUUGGAGGACUACGUCAGAACUUCGUAUGACGUUGACUUCGUAUUCGUUAAGAAAGUUUACGGUAAAUUCCCGAUCCAGAUGAAACUGUGGAACGAACUCGACCAAUCGGAAGCUUGCUGCUUUACAUUUACUGUCAAAACAUUAAAAUAAUUAGAGUAUAAUAAAAUAUUAUAAAAAAAUGUA